UAGGCGGCGAUAGUUCACGGUCACCAGUGCGCGUUAGUUCGCGAAAGAUCCGGCCGAUCACAUGCGGGUUGUUUAAAACUGACGCAACUGGACUGCAAACAUUUAAAACCUGGUUGUACCAUCACAAUUGCUGUAGUUCAUUCAGUGAACAAUGCCUAGGGGUAGCAGAAGUCGAACGUCAAGGAUGGCUCCCCCGGCCAGCCGGGCACCUCCACCGCCUCCCAUGGCGAGAGCUGCCCCACCUCCACCACCACCCCCCAUGGCGAGACCUGCCCCGCCGCCUCCUUCAAUGCCCGCACACGCCCCUCCAACAGCCAUGGCUCCUCCUCCUGCCGCCCCGAGGGAGCCCGGGCUGUUUGCGCGGAUGGCAAGCACAGCAGCAGGGGUGGCGGUGGGCUCCGCAGUGGGGCACACAAUUGGCCACGCCAUGACUGGAGGUUUUGGCGGCGGUGGCGGAGGUGGAAGCGCUGAACAAGCCAGGCCGGACAUCACCUAUCAGGAGCCUUACGCACAGGCCCAGCCGAUGUACCAGCAGCCCCCGCCCAUGUACCAGCAGCCACAGUCCAUGUACGCGCCGUCUGAGCCCGUGUACCAGCAGGCCGAGCCUGUGUUCCAGCCGGACCCGCCCCAGGAGAGCCCCUGUGCCUACGAGCUGAAGCAGUUCAUCGAGUGCGCGCAGACCCAGAGCGACCUCAAGCUCUGCGAGGGCUUUAGCGAGGUGCUAAAGCAGUGCAAGCUUUCCAACGGGUUGGCAUGAAAAUACAACAAGGAAACCGCCAUUAAUCAUCACACAUAGAAAUCAAUCAAGUCAGCGCUUCUGUAAUAUAGUUGUAAUUGUACAGUUGUUGUAUAGACUGAUUUUACUGGGGCAUGAAAUAAAAGUGGUCAAAUACAGAACAACGAAAGUCAGGCUUUCCCUCUAAAGUAUUUUUUCCUCAGUGUCACAGACAGCAGCACUGCAGAAACAAUUUUUUUUUUGAUUUAUUGAGUUGUUCUAAUUUUAUGUCACGAUUAACAUA